AUGGCAGAGGAGCUCAAACUCACUGUCACUGCUGAAGAGUUUCUGCAAGCUCCUGACCAGACCAUGCACCAUCGCACGCUGAAGUGGCAAGCUGACCCCUCAGCACACAGGUGCUUGCUGCCGGGGGCACUGCCAGAUGCCAGGGAACCUGGUGUUCAGCCCCACCUGUGGAUGUGGGUAAACCCCAGCCUGGUCUGCCCUAUCCCCGGGACUCCUGGCGUAGACCCGGCCAGAUCCAACAGCCUGAUGGCCUCAAUUGGUGGUGCCACAGAACCCUCCUCUCCAAACACAUCCUGCGACUACUCCGACUUGGACUGCUCUGAGGAGGAUGUGCUGUCAUCCUCCAGCGAGGCUGGAAAGCUUACUGAGGAUGAAGACACUUUGUGUGUGGAGGUCCCAGUUCCUCGGGAGAUGCCGGAAACUCCUGAACUCAAGACGAUGCCGAUGCCUUGGAAAUCCACAGUCCUCAGAUCUCAGAGUGUGAAGCUCAAGUCCCCCAGGCAGAUGAGCACCGAAACAGAGGGAGGCUGGCCCCGUCCCCCCCUUAAUUACUGCAUCCUCAUCACCCUCGCCCUGUGCAACAGCACAAGCGGCAGUCUGACCGUGCAGCAGAUCUACCAGUUCAUGCGGCAGCACUUCCCAUUUUUUCAAACAGCCCCAGAGGGCUGGAAAAACACAAUCCGACACAACCUGUGCUUCAGCAGCUGCUUUGAGAAAACCACCGGCUUCGUGUGCGGCGAGGGAAACCGCAAGUCCUGCCUGUGGAAACUGACUCCAGAAGGACGCAGAAAGUUUCAGGAGGAAGCACAGGCCCUGCCCAAAGAGGCUCUUGACUUGGUGCGCCAAAGCAUGAGCAAACCAGAUGUUAUUCCAAGCUGUUGCAUGUGCCUGCCCAGCUGUAAAACCAGCAGGCAAGGAUCCACAUAA